CAUUCCUUUGGUUGACCAAACAAAAUAUAAAUGAAGAUAUCUUCUUUUUUAAGAUAUCCAACACUUUCUGUUGCCUUUUAACAUAAUGGGCAGCUUGGAAACCUUUUUUCUUCUCUUUCUUCUGCCUUUUGUCUCCGCAUCAGAUUAUUGUCCAAUCUCCAAGUGCAGCAACGACAAGGUUCUUGUCCGAUUCCCCUUCCGACUACAAGGCCUGCAAUCGAAAUACUGCGGAUAUCCUGGUUUUGAUCUCAGUUGCAGUAAUCAAGGCAAAACAGUUUUGAAGCUUCCAAAUUCCGGAGAGUUUCUUGUCCGCAACAUCAAUUAUCUCACGCAACAGAUACAGCUUUACGAUUCGCUCAAUUGCAUUCCUAAGCAGCUUUUGAGCUUUAAUCUCUCAGAUUCUCCUUUUGUUGCUUCUGUUCCUCAUAACUACACCUUUCUAAGAUGCCCAACUCAGCUUGUAGAGUCUCGCCUUGCAACCAUUGAUUGCCUCAGCAAUUCCACCACCUCGGUUCUAGCUAUAGCUACCAGAAGUGUUGCUGAUUCACUGUCAACAUCAUGUGAGAUUAUCAACACACUGCCAAUUCCUGUUUCAUGGCCAGUUCAGCAUGAUGCAGGGUUCUCUAGUGAACUGAGGGAUGAUAUUCAAUUAACUUGGGAUUCUCCCGCUUGCGCAGAAUGCGAAGAACGAGGCGGUAUCUGUGGGCUCGAUUCAAGCAACACUCUUCAUAUUGGUUGUUUUUCUUCCAGAAAAGGCAAAUCGAGCAAUGCCCUCCAAAUACUGAAAGUGAUAUGCUUGUCCAUUGCCGUACCCUCUCUUAUACUUUCCGCCGGGAUUGUUGCUGUAGCAUUUCUAAUAGACAGGAAUCCUAGACGCAAUAGGCGUGGGGCCAAUCAGAACUCAGCAACAGCAACUGUGGCACCUGAUGAACCUAACAUUGAAAUGGUGGGUCUGGACGAGAGCACCAUUGAAACGUUCGAAAAGGUGGUGCUAGGGGAUAGCUUGCGUAUACCGGCUGGACCGAAUCAUAACACAUGCGCCAUAUGCUUAGGAGAGUAUCGAAGCAAAGAGACGCUUAGAUGCAUACCGGAAUGCAACCAUUGCUUCCAUGCUGAGUGCAUUGAUGAGUGGCUAAAGAUGAACAAUUCUUGCCCAGUUUGUCGAAAAUCACCAUCCCCGUCCCCUGUUCGUGACGGAUCAUCAAAUGUUUGAUAAAGAAUAUCUUUUGUAUUCGUUGAUUGCUUAAACACAUACAUAUUACAAGCUUGCAACGAGUUCUAUUGAUUUUUUAUGAAUGUACAAUUUUUUUUAGAUAUGAA